UUUCUUUCUCCUCCUGUUGGUUUCUAACUUCCAUUCCCAUCUGAAGCUGCAGGCAACAAUAUCUCCCACUCCUUCUCCUUCUUCAAGGAGAAACUCAUAAUUAAGCACUGCGCUAUCAUAUCCCUACUCAAAAAGAUGUGAUCGGUGUUCUAUUUGUCGCACGAAUCAUUAAAAAAUCAGCUCUUCGAACGCGCCCUGGGUUUAGUAGUAGCACUCUUACAUGGAUGGAAUGUUUGGGCUUCAAUCCCCGCCGGACUACGUCGACAGGCCUGUCAUGCCACCGGACGGACUGUUUGACUGUAGCUACAGUUACCACGGCAUGAUUCCUUCACACGCGGGUGAUCAAAUUCCGAUGCUCGGCUCCCACGACCUUACUGCCGCCGGCAGCUUCCAUUGUUCACACGACUGCGAAGCCGGUUCCGUGACUGCCGAUGCUCACUGGAGAGGCGGAGAACAGUUAGAUGGUGCGGCUGCGGAGAGGGACGACCAAGGCUACGAAAACGACUGUAUUAGCUUGAUCAAAGCUCAAAUCGCCGCUCAUCCUUCUUAUCCGAAGCUCCUAGAAGCUUAUAUUGAUUGCCAGAAGGUAGGAGCGCCGCCGGAGAUCGCAACGCUUCUGGAUGAAAUCAGGCGAGAAAACGACUUGCUUAAGCAUGAUGGUCGUGUGCCCGCGUGCUCUGGAGACGAUAUCGAGCUCGACAUUUUUAUGGAAACCUACUGUGACAUCUUGGUGAAGUACAAAUCAGAUCUCUCGCGGCCAUUCCACGAAGCUAAGAACUUCCUCAACAAUAUUGAGUCUCAACUCAGCAACAUCUGCAAAGGUUGAAUGUCCAACCCCAAGGCCCCCACCUGACCCAACAGGAUGGUGGGAAGGUUAAUCACGGUAACUCAGUCAGCAAAGCGGUGGUAGGCUUUAUACAUGUGUGCACCAGAGGUCCAGCCUUAUUUCAGGUUAUGUAAUCUCCACACGGCCGUUGCGGAUUUUGAACCUUGUCACUUGAUUCAAUUUUCCCACCACUCGACCAACUGAGCUACUCGUGCGGACGAGGGUGGUCUAUCGUCAGAAGAUGAGAACAGCAAUGAGGAAACAGAGGAAAAUGAGACCAUAAGUAGCGAAGAUCGGGAACUGAAGAGCAAGCUGCUAGAGAAGUAUGGUGGGCAUAUAAGCAGCCUAAAACUGGAAUUUUCAAAGAAGAGAAAGAAAGGGAAGCUUCCCAAAGAUGCGAGACACAUAUUGCUUGAAUGGUGGAAGGUUCACUACCGGUGGCCGUAUCCUACGGAGGCAGAUAAAGUGUCGUUGGCUGAGAUGACGGGGCUAGAUCAGAAGCAAAUCAACAAUUGGUUUAUAAAUCAAAGAAAGCGACACUGGACACCAUCAGAACAUAUGCAUCUUCUCCCUUAAUUACAAGAAAAUAUUACCCGAAAUAGGACUAAAAAGGUUUGAAAAUUCCAAAAUAGGAUUAUCAUGCUUUUAUUCACAAAAUAGAACUAAUUAGUACCAUGUUUUGGCAGUAUCAGACUUCAAACAUGACAGUAUUUUCUAAAAUUGGCAGUAAUUACUCCUAUUUUGGGAAUAAAAAACAUGACAGUCCUAUUUUGAAAUUUUCAAACUGUUUUAAUCCUAUUUCGAGAACUUUCCUUAAUUACAAUAAUAAUAACGGCGACGUACGACUAAUUCUGCAUGUGGGGAAUCUCUUAUCUCCCCUAGAUAGAGGCUCUCUUCAUUUCCUGUACAUUUUAUUUUAGGGCAAUGUAAUUUUGCUCCCAUAUCUGAGCAUACAAUCAAUCACCUCUUCAGUUGCUUUAAUUCUCUACCCGGCCAAGUAAAUUUCAAUGGCAAUUUUACUACCACUAAAGCUAGUGACAGGUUUUAACUUGUAAGGUGUAUCACAUUUGGUUCGCGGGUUUUAACUUUCAAACGAUCUUUGACCAUGGAAAAGCUAAUUUCAAUCCAAACACCCGAUAGUUUGGAUUGCCAUGGAAAUAGAUAGUUUCUUAUUCUUUUAAUGUGUGCCCUACACCCAAUAUGUAACGGACUGACAUGAAAUUAUGAAAAUAUGCUCUUAACAGCUAGUUUUGUGUCUCAAUCCUCCUCUUGUGAGCAAAUGUUUCGUUGCAAUCUAAAGGUUCCGCCAUGAUCCCCUCCCAUUCUUUAAGAGAGAUGCGUACAACAACUCGUUCCAUGUAUCUGGCACUCCGGGCAGGCACCAAUGGCUACAAUCUUGAGCUUGCAAAGAACUUUGAUUAUUGGUUCUAUAAAUGGAAGGGUGGCC